UCGCUGGUCCAGCAUUUGUACAACCUGGUCCCCCCGAUAGAGAGCGGACACAACGCGACCAACGGACGUGUCCAAUGCGGGGGCCUCACAAAUCGCUGGUUCGCUCGGCAAAACCUUGGGGCCAGGAACGCAAUUCGAAUAUGAACGGCUGGUCGAGUUUCUCAAGCAGGUUCAAGCUGAGUGGCAAGCUGAAACGCGACGAGAAAUUCACGCCCGGCUACUGGGCCAGCGUUAUUUUAGUGAGCGUUACGAUGAUUCGUGCAAGAAAAGACUGCACAACACCUGCGGCUGGAUUUUCACGCGGCCGACAUUUGCCAAAUGGUGUGCCUCGGGCUCGCCUGAACUACUUUGGAUCUACGGACGACCUGGAUUUGGGAAAACCAUUUUGUGCUCUCGCAUCAUUGAGCACAUUUCGGCCACCUUUACAAAACCUGUCGCUUAUUUUUUCCUGUCGUCCGACCACAAGAGUUGCAAUGAUCCCUACAACGUCAUGCGAUCUUGGGUCUCUCAGCUUGCUGCGCACUCGGACAUAAACGCACUGCUUCAGCAGAAAUGGCAGACCACAACAGAUCAGGCUGCCAGUCGUGCAACUAUUGUCCAACUCCUCCGCGAAGCUCUGCAAACCAAACCAGGUUGUUCUUUAAUUGUCGAUGGUCUUGAUGAAUGUACAGCGCCGGCCGACUCCAAUAUUUCGGUGGCGAGAUUCCUGGAAGACGUUCUAGACACAGUUACAUCGGCGACUCGAGUUUUAAUCGUCAGUCGGGAAGAGACCGAGAUUCGACAACCGUUGCAAACCAGUGACGCAAGCCGUAUUGCCGAGUAUCAGAUAUUAUCAGAAGAUGUCUACGCCGACAACAUCGCAUUCUCACAGUCGAUUGUUAUCAAGAAGCUGCCGAAAAUGAAAGAAGAAAACCGGGCUAAGUUGUCGAAAACAAUGAGCCAUCGGUGCGAGGGUCAAUUUCUCUGGCUGCAUUUGCAGGAAAGGUCGCUCAAGGCAUGGAAGAAUAUUGAGCAGCUUCAAAGAGACUUCGAUGCUGUGCUGAUUAACGAAGAUGAAGAUCUCCCGACAAAUGAGCUGCCGGAUGUUGUCGACGAUGACUAUAUUGGAAGCGAAAUUUUGGAUCUUUGCAGCCCGCUUCUUGAAGUUCGUCGCUUGAACUCGGAAUUGGAGGCUGGAAAACAGACGGUGCAUUUGGCACACUUUACCGUCAAACAAUUUCUGGUCGGCCGUCUGCCCACAGGUGUGUGGCAAAAUGAGACCCUAAGGGCAUCCAACGAACGUAUUCAGCACACAAUGCUCGCAAGAUCAUGUCUUUGGUAUAUCCAGUCUCGACAGGCUUGGCAAAAUAAUGCCUACGGAUCACCAUGCCAAAAAGCUUUUCGAGACUACUCCGCAACGGCGUGGCAUACACAUGUCAAAUCAGGCGUAUCACUCGAUAGAGACUCACAUACCUCUGAGAACAUUCACAAAUUCAUGAAUGAGGCCCAUCCAUAUUGGAGUGCAUGGAAAACCUGGUUUGACAAACAAGACAAAAGCCAGGAGAUACUGGAAGACGACCAUGACUCACUAGGGCCCCCUUACCACGCUAUCAGACUGGGAUUAGACGCAGUUGCCAUCAUCAAAAUUCGGGAACUUGGCUCCGAGGGGCUUCUUGGCGGUGCCUACAGACCAAUGCUUGACCUAUGUUGCCUCCAAGGACUAAUCGAACCGGUCAAAGAAGUUUUGGACGCCGGCGUCAAUGUUGAUACAAGAGGAUACGCCAGCAUAACACCGCUCUACUCUGCAUCGAGAAACGGAUGCCUAGCAUUGGUCGAGUAUUUGCUUCACCGCGGAGCUAAAAUCUCGGUAGCGAACCAGCAUGGAUGGACACCGAUCAACUCUGCUGCCAACCAAGGCCACCUGGAAAUUGUCAAGCUGCUGCUGGAAAGAGGGUCCGACAUUACAGUGGCCACCAACGACGGACAGACACCGCUAUCGUAUGCCGCUGAGAGUGGACACGAGGCUUUAUUUCAUUUACUUUUCGAAAACAAUGCCGCCGCUCUUUCAAUCCCAGAUAUACUUGGGCGAACACCAAUCGUUCACGCAAUUCGAGGAGGCCGAAGCAGCAUUUUCGAUUUUAUAUUGAUGUAUCAAGGAACGGACGUCAAUUCGCAAGAUCACUAUGGUUCUACUGUGCUCUCUUUAGCCGCCCGCUUUGGUCGCUCUGCUAUGGUUCAACAGCUUCUCGCCCUACCUACCGUUGAUGUUUGGUCAGCUGAUAUUUUUGGCUUCACCGCUCUGAGCUGGGCUAGAAGCCAGGGUCAUGACGACAUCACUCAGAGCAUCGCUAAACGUUGCGAAUCAUAUGACACCUGCAUGACGGAGACUGCGAUACCAAUUGUACGCCGAAACGUUUCCACAGGUACUGACUUUUGUGACUUAUGCCUGGCCGAACUGGGGGAAACUUGGUACGGCUGCAACAGCUGCUUUGAGGGUUUUGCUAUUUGCUCAGAUUGCCGAAAACUUGGGGCUUACUGCCUGGUACACUGUCAUGACUUGGUGACGAUUCAACAGGAGCAGAACAGUUGCUUGCUGCCAGUGCGCAUCCAAGACUCGGCCGUGCACCGUGAUCAGACUGGAGUCGACAGUGAUGCCGAAGGCUUUCAGAAUUUAUCCUCCAGUCCUUCCGCCUUGUUGCUCCGUGGAGAACGAAUACUCUGCCCAUCGUUUUCGCGCGUCGGUGCAGGAAGCCGUAGACCCUCCUCAUCUUUUUCCUUCCCUAUUUACUUGGACAUCGCAUCCACGCCUUCAACCCCUCCCGCAAUUAUCGAGUUUCUGCGCUCCGGAAAAUAUAUCCUUGCAAUUUCAGAGCCGGUACCGACCACAGCAACCAGCUCUCGAUUCGAACUCAACCGUGCUUCAGUGUUUGCUCGAAUUGAAAACGCACACGAGUUCCAGUCCUCGAAAGAGGAAAAGAUGGAUUGA